AAUUAAUCCUAGGCAUCGGAAUGGUCAUUUUACUUUUGACUGAUGAACAGAUUCGAAUGUGAUUAUAAUCCGAGGCCGUGAGGUCCUGGAGUUAAAAUCCACAUUAAGUUGUUGAUUUAGUUCUAUUUUCUGCAGAUGAAUACUGAAGAGUGGAGGUGAGACGGAAUUAAAUGGAGAUUCAAAUGGAAAUUGAAGGAAGAGUGGGAGGAGAAUGGAACUUGUCGAGCAGCUUUUAUCGUUUCCCGUUUGAGAAAACCUACGAUUUCACGGAAGUCAAAGAUUGGGCUAUUCUCUACUUUCAACGUGUCCUCUUGCUGGCCCUCGUCUUCUACCCAGGCUCCGUCCUCUUCGGUAAGAAGGCGAUGAAAAGCGGAGGCGAUCUGAACCUGGAACUACGAUUGCCUUUGAUCUGCUGGAAUGCUGCUCUCGCCGCUUUCUCCUUCUUCGGCUCUUUUCGAUCUCUUCCCGAACUCCUUCGGAUCUGGUCUCAUCACGGCUUCCGUUCGACCGUCUGUGACAGCAGGAACCUGCGAGAUGGAGUGGCCGGGGUGUGGGUGUGGUAUUGGGUGGCAUCGAAACCGUGGGAACUGGGUGACACUGGAUUCUUGGUCCUCCGUCGGAGACCGUUGUCUUUUCUUCAUCUUUUCCAUCAUGCCACGGUGAUCGUGAAUGCCUGGUUCGGUUUCAUUCACGGUGCCUCUAUUCUCCGCUGGCUCACCAAUCUCAACUACACCAUCCAUGCUCUCAUGUAUACGUAUUAUACGUUGAGAGCAGCGGGUUACCGGGUGUCACGUCGACUUGCCAUGUUUCUCACCUCGGCUCAAAUCCUUCAACUUGCGGCUGGGUUCUCCGUCUCCCUUUAUUCCCUCGCCAUGAGACUCCUGGGCGAGGCUUGUCACGUCACCUAUGAGACCCUCGCACUCACCAUCCCCACCAAUCUCGUCUACAUCAUUCUCUUCUGCCGCUUCUUUAUAGGCACAUAUUUCAAGCGCAAGCGUAUGGAAUGACAUAUCCCAUAAUAAGCAUCGUCUCUCCUAACUGAGAAUAAAGUCGUGCCA